AAUACGAAUGGACCGAGGCCGACGUACGUGGGUGCCAACAACGGUAACGCCGGCGGCGCCGGCGGAGGCGGCAGCGGUAGCGGCAGCGGCGGCGGAGGUGGCGGCGGCGCCGCUAAUGCAGGCGGCGUCGGCGUGGGACCCGCGGCCGGCGCGGGUGGUGGCGGUGGUGGCGGCGGCGGUGGCGGUGGCGGUGGCCACGGACUGAAGGGCAACACGGGUGGUGGACCGCGCGGCGGCAAUCCGGUGCAGUAUCGUGCGAGUGGCGGCGGAGGCGGCGGUGGAGGCGGUGCGGCCGCCUGGAGCACGGCACCGUCUCACGCGGCUGCGGCCGCAGCAGCGGCAGCAGCGGCCGCGUACCCGCCUUACACGCGCUACCCGAGCGCGGCGGCCGCAGCGGUGGCUGCCGCGGCCGGUGGCGGUCCUCAGCAGCUACCGGCAUCCGCGAAUCCCUUCGUCACCGCCACGUACGCGCAGCACGCGACG